UUUUUCCCAUAGUUUAGAUAGAUAGAAACAUUCUAGAUACUUGUGGAUUCCGCUAGAUCGUUGAUUUCAUUGGAUCGAUUGUCGUCGUAGCUUGAAGAGAAAGCUAGUGCCUUACUUUGACAACAUUCAUCGACCUCGUGAGGUCCUUUCAAGCCUGGAGAAGGAGUCCGAGUCCAGUUCGAGAAGCCUUGUGGAAUCACAGUUUAGUGAGGAAAACUGUGAAGAGAGAAUUGCUUCCAAUCCCAUUCUGGAAGCCGUUGAGGAGACACUUUCCGUGCAUUCUGAAGAAGAAGAAGAAGCUCGGCCCAAUCCUGACCAAGAAGCAAUGGCGGAGCAGAAUGUCCAGUACAUGGGAGAUUUUUCCAGGCCAGUUAUUGGGACCACUAGCACUUCUGCGAUAGUGUUUCCCACGGCGGUCCGGAAUUAUAAUCUGAAGCCCAACGACUCAAACCUGCUGCCGCUCUUUCACGGGAUGCCCAGUGAGGACGCCUUGCAGUUCAUCCGUGAUUUCUGCACCCAAGUGCAGACCUUCCCACUGCUGGAGCUCACCGAGGAUCAGUUGAGACUCAAGUGCUUACCUUAUGCACUCAAGGACCGGGCGAGAACGUGGUUAUUGUCCUUGCCGCCGAACUCCAUCACCACAUGGGGAGAGGCAAGUGAGAAGUUCAUGCUCAAGUACUACCCUAAUCACAAGACUCAAGAGAUUAGGAGCCAAAUAAUGAACUUCAUGCAAGGAGCUGACGAGCCUUUCCACGAGGCUUGGGAGAGAUUCCAAGAGCUCCUCCGCCAGUGCCCACAGCACCAGUUACCACCUGUCAUGUUGAUGCAGUUCUUCUAUGACGGAUUGAUCCAGACGGCACAGUUUAUGGUGGACAGUACAGCAGGGGGCAACAUUGCCCGGAAGACAGCUGAUGAGCUCAAAGGGAUUUUCGAAACACUUGCCGCGAGUUCUCAACAGAAAUCAGUUAGAGGAAGGAGGGUUGAAGCCAAUGCAGUAGCUCCCAACAAUGAGCUUCAGAAGCAAGUAGCGGACCUGAUGAGGCAAGUACAACACCUCACGAUGAACCAGGUGAAGGCUCCACCAGUUCAUGCGCCACCAGCAGAAGGAUGUAGCAUAUGUGGCGAUUUUGGUCAUGGAACCAACGCGUGCCAUCGCAUGGGGGAAUGCACACCUGAAGGAGAAGCAGAGGUCUAUGCUGCUCAGAGCUAUCCGGGGAGGCCUCAAUUUGAACAGAGGCCUAUCUUUAAUCAAGGGCAACAAAGCUCCAAUUCGGGUUGGAGAGCUCAGCAGCAGAACUACACUCAAGCUUAUCAGCAGCAGCAGCCCCCGCAGUAUCAGCAGUAUCAACAGUUCCCUAUGCAACAAGGGAAUUUUCAGCAGCAGCAGCAAUACCAGAAUGCCUCCCAACAGUGUCAGAAGCAAGCUCAACCGCAGAAGCCGUCUCUCGAGGACACCAUGCAGUCCUUCAUGGAGAUGACCAAACAGAACAUGGAGUCUCAGAGUGCUACCAUCAAGCGCCUCGAGACUACAGUUGGGCAACUUACAGGAGCCCUAAAUCAGCUGCAGCAAGAACAGCCAACUGGGAAGUUCCUAAACCAGGACAAACAGCCGCGUCAAGCUCAUGCCGUGGCGGUAAUCAAGGAAACUACCCCAAUAACCACGGGGAAAUGGAGAAGCAGAACCGUGCAAGCAAUCAAGGCAACCCAAUGCCCCAGUGAGCCACUGCCACCUGUCACUGUUGCACCAGACCAACCACCAACCAAGCAAGGAGAUCCAGGUAGCUUUAUCGUUGAUAUUAGCUUAGGAGGGGUUGAAAAGGUCUUGGGAAUGCUUGAUUUGGGCGCGGCAGUCAAUUUGAUGCCGCUUGAUAUUUUUGAGAGGUUGGGAAAUAAAGAGCUGAAAUGCACGAACAUUAAGAUAGAACUAGCUGACGGCUCCAUUAGCAGCCCACGAGGCCUUGUCGAGGAUGUUGAGGUAGUCGUGAGGGGGAUUAGUGUCUUGGUUGAUUUUGUUGUCCUUGAUGAGGGAAAAGGGAUUAGAGGCGAGAAUGGGCAUCUCGUGCUACUUGGCCGACCCUUUUUGGCUACCACCCAUACUCGCAUUGAUGUGGGUACGGGAACUGUAAGUAUGGUAGGGGCAGGUAGAGCGGUAACAUUCUCUGUUUUUGAUCAAAAACCUACUACCCCCACUCGCUUAAUUCAAAUCUGCUCUUAUGUUGAAACCUUUAAUGCUUUGGAGGAGAACUAUAUUGUGCAGGAACUCCUUAAUAAGUUGCCGGAGGAGGACGAGAUCGUGGAGGAAUUCCUUGCUAACCUGCAGGAUGAGGCUGACAUUGAGCAGGAAUUGCUGGAAAAGCUGCAAGAGGAAGAUGAUAAAGAGCAAGGCCUUCUGUGUGCUUUGCUAUUGGAAGAAAAGCUUGAUGAGGUUGAGUCACUCAAUUUCGUUGGAUGUGUGGAUAGAGGGCCAUCCCAGGAUAUGAGCAUGGAUGACUCAUUUGGAGGACCCGCAGCUGCAACUCAAGAAGAUGUGUUUACAAGGGCGCUAAGGCAGCUGGAGCUUCAAUCGGAUUUUGGUUAAGGGACCUUCUUAGUCGGGCUGGCGACUUAAAAACUAGCGCUGCAUGGGAGGCAACCCAUGUUUUCUUGCUUUUUCUGGUUUCAUUUUUCUGUCGUUUUGUUUGUGUUGUGUUUUGUUGCAUCUGUUGUUUGGUGCAGGUUGUUGCGUUGGAGACUGCUUGUUCUUUGGAUGAGAGAGAGGCAAACAUCGUGGGACACUACAGACUCACCACUGGAUCGGUAUUUAGGGAAGUUUCCUCUUUCACCCCUCUUUUUGUUUGCACUGAGGACAGUGCCAGAUUUUAAGUGUGGGGGGGCGCUUGUUGGUAUUUGUAAAUCCUGUGGGUGUUUUCCUGUUGUGUUCUUGGGCUUUCUUGUGUUGGGGCGAAUGGUCCCCUUACCUUGUCUUCUUGCUUGUUUUUAAGUGCAUCGCAUGUUGAUAGUGAUUCAAUGGCGAUUCUGGAUUGUGUUUGUGUUGUUUGUUGUCCUUGUCUGUCAUGAUUGAUUUGUUCCCAACAUGGUGUAAUUAGCUUAAGGUUUUGGUGCAACACCCUGUUGAGCAACUCUUGACGUGAUUUGUCCGGUAGAUGCUAGGGGGAGUGUUUUCAGUGCAAUUUCCUAAUAUCUU